AUGGCGUUAGGACAGUCUUAUAAGCUUCUUUCGGGGCACGAGAUCCCAGCAGUUGGCCUAGGCACCUGGCAAUCCAAGCCCAACGAGGUCAAGAAUGCCGUUGAGCACGCCCUCAAGUCGGGGUACCGCCACAUUGACGCUGCGGCCGUCUAUGACAACGAGAAGGAGGUCGGCGAAGGCCUCAAGGCUUCUGGGGUCCCAAGGAAAGAGAUCUUUGUCACCAGCAAGCUUUGGAACACCCACCACAAGGCAGAGGAUGUAGAGACCGCACUGGACAUCACCCUCAGCGACCUGCAGACUGACUACGUGGACUUGUACUUGAUUCACUGGCCCGUGUCCUUCAACAAGAAGGACGAUGCCACCCGCUUCCCCCUGCACCCCGUCACCGAGGCCGUCGACGUCAUCGACGUCCCCGUCAUUGAGACGUGGAAGGCUUUGGAGGCCCUCGUCAAGAAGGGCAAGAUCCGUUCCAUUGGCGUCUCCAACUUCACCCGCGAGAAGAUUGAGGACCUGUGGAACAAGGCCGAAAUCAAGCCGUCGGUGAACCAGAUCGAGGCGCACCCGUACCUGCAGCAGCCCGACCUCCUGGCCUGGUCCAAGGAAAAGGGUAUUGUGGUCACGGCGUACAGCCCGCUCGCUAACAACAUCUACAACCUGCCUCGUGCCGUUGAUGAUCCCACCAUCGCCGAGCUGGCAAAAUCUUUGGGCAAGGAGCCGGCUCAACUCAUCAUCAGCUGGUCUGUCCAGAGAGGCACCGUUGUGCUCCCCAAAUCCGUCACUCCCUCGAGAAUUGAGAAGAACUUUGAGGUAUUCGAGCUCCCCAAGGACGUAUUUGAGAAGAUCAACGCCCUGGACAGGAAACACCGCUACAACUUCCCAGCCCGUCUCGGCCAAGACAUUUUUGGCGAGUCGGACCCGGAGACACUGAAGAAGGCGGUAGAGACCUGGGUGGCACAGCAGAAGAAGAUUAAGGCGGGCCAAGCAUAG